AUGACGCUCGUUGCUUACUUUUACGAAAACAAAGUCCAAGACUUCGUUGUUUCUCAUACUAAAUAUCCACAUGUUGAAUCUUCUUAUGAGAAACAACGAAGUCUUGGACUUUGUUUUCGUAAAAGUAAGAAGCAAUACAUUUUCAUAGCAGACCACGCAAAGUCGUCAAGAUCAACACAUAGCAUCAUGGGCGGGCAUGACAAAUUACUGCGUUUUUUCUCGCCUACGCACCGGAAUGAAUACAGCUAUGGGGCCUACUUGAGCUACUCUCUCGAAAAAAAUAACGUGAAAAAAGCACAAGCAGAUCGCGUUGAAAUGUAUUGAUGUCCAACUUUUCAGUGUAUCUAUGUUGUAUGAAUAAACUAAAACUUUGUUAAGGAAGACGAAGAGCCAGUUUUGGCUCUUCCAAGAUGAUACUUUCGCGUUUAUUUCUGGGGAGUGGAGAUUCUUCUUACCUCGCAUACAGGUAAGUAUACAAAAUGUGAUGCUAAGUUGAUGCUGAUGUGGAACAGUCCAUGUUUUUGUGUCUCUGCGUGUGUCCCUAUGUAGCAGCGAUAACAUGACCAUGAACAUGAACAUGUUUCAUGAUUCUAG